AUGGCUAUUCAGAGCAAAGAGGCCGGCGCUAGUAAGAAUGGCAAGCAACAGACCAAGGUCGACGACAAAAUGGCCGAGGGCAAGAAGCCUGAGGUCGCCACCACCGCAGCCAGCACCAACCGCAACUGCGCCGUCACCAUCUGGAACCUCCCCGACGGCACCACCGAGCCCAUGGUCCUCGAGGCCAUCGCCGAACACAGGCCCAUCGGCAACAUCUACGCCUGCGACGUCUACGUCAUCCCAGGCCCCAACAACGUCCCUCCCGCCAUGUCCGUCGCCAGCGUGCGCUUCAUGCGCCCCGAGUCCGCCACGCGCCUCGUCCAGGUGGGGAACAAGGAUGACCAAGGCAUCUACCUCAAGGGCAAAAGGGCCAAGAUCACGCUCGCGCAUCGUUCCCAGCCUGCGUACCUCAAGGAGCCGGCCAGUCGCGUCGCUCUCUUCCGCGGCCCCCAUAUCAUCGUCAACCCCGUCGCCCUGCGCAAGCUGUGGGGGUUCAAGGAGCAGACUGAGAGGCUGAUCAUCAGGAAGGCCGAGAAGGGCUUGUGCGAGAUUGAGUGGCGCUUCUGUUCUUAUGCCUACAACGCGGAGCCUGCCCUUCGUGUCUUCGAGGAUGUCUACGGGAAGCGUGAGGAUUGCUCGGUCCGGUACGGAGAUGAUCCCUGUGCCUAG